CGGAGACCCACGGGGGCGUCCGUAGAGUGGCAGUGUGGCGCCGACGGCGGCGCAUCGGCAGAGCACAGCGCGCACUCCACGCUGCCAAGUCGGCCCGAACCCAGCCGAUGGCAGCGCACCCUCAGCGCGGGGCGGUGAGCCGUCUGCGAUGGAAGGCAGCGUCGAUUGGCAGGAUCUGUUUGAGAAGUUGAAGUGGCCAGUGGUGGCCUUGCUGGCCGCGCUGUGCAUACGCAACAACAAGCCCAUCAUGGCCGUGAUCCUGCCGCUCCUGCUGUACCACCACCACACCGUGCAGGCUAAGCAGCAGGCGGCCUCGCGCGACGCCGGAGAGGCCGGCGAGGACGACGCCCACGACGCUGACUUCGAGGACGAGGGCCAGGGAGACAGCGACGACGAUGGCCCCGAGGGCCACAGGGGCGGGGACCCCUACGACGCCGGCUUCUGGGACGGCGGGGCGCCGACGGCCGGCGGGCCCGGCGCGGCGCGGGCCGCGGCGCCCGCGGCCCGCGGCGGCCUCGCAGCACAGGCGCAGGCCAGCGGGGGCGGCCGCGCGGCGGGGGCGGGCGGCCUGGACGGCCUGGGCGGCCUGGACGGCCUGGACGGCCUGGACGGCCUGGACGGCCUGGACGGCCUGGGCACGGCGCUGGAGCACUUCGAGAACUGUUUGGGCUGCCCGUUCGAAGGCCUCACGGUCGCGGCUCGAGCGGCCCAGAAGAGCGGGCACAGCACGGGCAUGAGCGCCAAUGCGCACAAGUACGCCAGGGAGUUCGGCAUCACCGAGGCUGGCUGCCCCUGGAGGUCGCCCACCAGCAGCACCGAGAGCGACUGGGAGCAGCAAGGCAUCGGCAGCGUGCCAGAGGACCCCCACGCCAUCGCGCAGGACGACGUCGAGGAUCGGCUCGACGACCUGAAGGCGAUGCUGCACAACAUCCGCGCGGACCUCAAGGACGCCACCCCCCAGGUCGUCCCUGAAGAGUUCGAGGAGAUCCCUGCUCUCCCAUCUCUCGACGCCACGGCCGAGCGGCACGAGGCGGCGAAGAAGGCGGGGCUCGCCGAGACACCCGAGCGGGGCGACGGCGGCGAGCUGCAGCAGAUCUCGGCGCGCACGGCCGCCUCGCCGGGCUCCGAGGCGAGCAGCACCAGCAGCAGCAGCGCGCGCGCCGGCGGGACCGAGGACUUCGGCUGCUGCGGCUCCGCAUCCAAGGGCGACGCGUGCGCCUGCGUCAUGGAGCAGGUGGUGCAGCUGGGGCCGGACGGCAAGAGCACGAAGCAGCAUAGCAGCAAGGGCGACCAGGGCAGGCACCUCUACGUCGGCGGCGACCAGGGCAGGCACCUGAACGUCGACGGCAUGGGGGUGAGCAACGGCGGGGGCAAGUGCGCCUACGCCUCGGAGGAGCAGGGGCUGCUGGGGCCCCACGGCGAGGGCAGCACGCAGCAGAACCACAAGGGCGACCAGGGCAGGCACCUGCACAUCCAUGGGAAGGACUUGAGUAUCGGCGCCGCGCUGACGGUCCAGGCGCGCGAGCGGACGGCCAGCUUGGAGGAGCGGCAGACGGUGCGGGAGCCCACCCUCGCGAUGCAGGAAGCGGAGAUGCCCCGCGUUGCGGGCGCCUCCUACCGCGGCUUCUCCGUGCAGGAGGAGCUCGCCAUGGGGGCGGGCCUAGAGGAGGCCCUGAGCACCAGCGUCGAGCAGCAGAAGGACCAGGACAGCGACUCCGACGUUCCACCCUGGGAGAUCGACGACCCAGCGGACGACGAGGAGACUCGGGAGUCCCAGUUGGCCUUCCGGCGGCGCUACCCCAAGAACUGA